AUGCCACGCGUCCCUCGAUCGCUCGUCCCAUCCACAUGGCUCCAAAGUACCUCCGCAACGUCCAACGCCGUCGUCGCACGCGCCUCGCUUCGUACAAUUCGACCACAGCGCAGCGCAUCACUCGCUAGUGUCACUACACCGAGGAUCUCAACGGGGACAUCGGCCUUGUUCCCUCUCGCAUCAGGAUCCAGCACCCCGAGCACCGCAAGCCGCGUACUCAACAGCCUAGUGCCGACCAAGACCUCCCUGUCCUCCCUCCUCUCCCGACCCCGUCCAUCAACCCUCCUGCACCUCCUCCCCCCUUCCAUCCAGCCCCCAACGCAUCCCUCCCUCCUCUCUCCCCGUCUCGUCACUUACGGCUGUGAAUACCAACCCUCGCAACUCAAGCGCAAACGCAAGCAUGGAUUUUUGUCGCGCAAGAGGACCAAGAAUGGGAGGAGGGUGUUGGAGAAGAGGUUCGCGAAGGGGAGAAAGUUUCUGAGCCAUUAG